UACAGUUUCAAUCCCUCUCGCUUUUGGUGUAGGAUCCAAUGGACACAAACUCUUUCCCUCUCCCCUCGUUGUUCCGGUUGCAUUGAAAAAAAAAAAAAAAAAAAACUCUUUACCUUCUAAAAAGACUCGGAAACUCAAUCUUAUAUAGUUAAAACCGUUUCCCUUCUUUUCUCUACCUCAAAAAGUUCACAUAGACAAAUAAGCAAGCUCUCACAGAAAUCCCUAAAACCCAAUCCAAUCGGGAAUAGGGAAAAUACCAAAACAUUGUGAAUUCGAUCACUCGAUCAGAUUAUCUAUAUCGAUCAAUACAUCCUGUAUAUUCUAAAUUUCCGUCCUCUUCUUGCAUUCGUCUUCUUCUUGCACCCGCCAUUAAUUCCAUUAUCUUCUUUCCGUCUUCUUCUUGCAUUCGUCGUUCAUGGAGUCGAACCUAGUCGACCGGAUCUCCGUCCUCAACGUCUCAAAUUCACACAAACAAGACCGGAGCGAGACACCCAUGUCGGAGUUUCAAUCCAAGCCGUCGGAUCACGAUGAUGCGCCUCAUGAUCGUCAACAACAAGAACAGCCCAAGAAACAAGAACCAGAGCAGUCCCAGAACAUUACACCAGAUCACAUUAACACCCCGGCAAAACAAGACCGCAAGACGCCGCCGUCCCCGAUGGAAGAUGAAUCAUCGACGAACGACAAGGACGUCGUGGAUGACGACGACGACGGGUUCAAAACGCCGACGUCCCUGGAGCACAAAAUCCCUCCGAUGACAGAAUGCCCGCCUGCGCCGGGCAAACCCAAACGCUUUCUAAAGAGAAAAACGUCGUCGCGGUCGCCUUCGCCUCCGCCGCCGCCCGCACGCAGAAAGGUUCAGUUUACAACAACACAACUGGAUAUGAUAUUUUGGUCAACUUUUCCCUCGCCUCGGAUGGGCGCGCCAAAAUCAAGAAAGCCAGACGAUCAGAGUGAUUAGUUAAACUGCAGUUCGAGUUUUGUUCAUCCAUAUUAUUCAUGGGAAGAAGACGUUGUAAAGAUGGAAAAAGAAGAAAGAAGAAAGAAGAAAAGAGAGAGAGAUGCAUUGAAAGAUUUUAUGUUUCUUUUGUGCUCGAGGUGUUAUUCUCUUCUCCUGCUAAAGAUAAAAGAUCAUGAAACU